UGCAAAAUUAAAUAUGAUUCAUUUAAGAAAAUGCACAGGCUUCUUUCAGAGCUGUCAGCUACAAUAUGUAGCCUUCAGCGAAAUCGACAACUCUAUAAACAAGUUGGAGUAGCGACUUGUUUGAGGCCGAAGAAGCAUAUAUACACCCAUGUGCGAACAAAAGCAUCAUUAACAGACUUUGGAUUAGAAGACAGCAGCGACACAUUGGUACCGGGAAUAACGGAAGAUCCUUUUUUCAAAGAACUCAAUAUUCCAAAAAAGUGUAUAGGAUGUGGAGCUUUAUUCCAAUCAACAGACUCAACUAAACCCGGGUACAUAGAUUCUGAAGUGUUGUCUGGCAUCGGAGCUCGGGGCUCUGCAAAGGUACCCAAAAUAGGAGGGGUGGAAGUAGACCAUGUUCCAGACGGUAUUCAAGUUGACAAGUGUGAUGAUGGGCGUUUGCAAAGGCUUAAACGCAAAGCUGUCUGUAGACGCUGUUACAAAUUACAGUUCUAUAAAAGGCUAGAACCGAUAAUGGAACCUAAUGAUACUGAGAGCGAUCAUAAUCCAAGAGAGUCCACCUCCAGGAUUAUACAUGAGACAAUGAAACACACGGGUACAAUGAAAAUGCCAGAAGAAAUAGAACGAGAGCGUACAGCCACAUCUGCACGCAAAGCUGCGGCGCCCGAGGUUAUCAGUAACCUGAUGACACGAAUAAAAAGCGAUGGUUUAGUGUUUUUUGUCGUAGAUAUAACUAAUGUGGAAGCAACAGCAUUGCCAGAACUCUAUAUCGCAUUGAGAAACAAGUCGAUAGAGGUAAUAUGGGUUAUAAACAAGGUUGAUGUUCUACCUUACAGAACUGAUCUUCCAGAAAUAAAGCGUUGGUUGCGCUCUAUUGUACGCCAUAUCGGAAAUGCAAAGAAUUCGGACGUAUUUAUGGUAUCGAGCACUAAAGGGAUCGGAUUUGAUUCAUUAGAGAAACGAUUGAAAGAGUCUAUUAAAAUUGGACAAGCUAGGGAUACGUAUGUAGUAGGUGCUGUUAAUACUGGGAAGUCUACUUUUGUCAACCGUCUACUACAUUAUAUCCAUUAUAGUGAUGCUGGGACGCUGAAUAUAAAACGUGGCGUUGGAGGAGUAACAAGGUCUGCAACACCUGGAAGCACAUUGGGAUUCGUAGACUUUGGCCUUUUUGGAGGCUUUAACCUUGUUGAUACCCCCGGUAUUCCAGUAGCGUCAACAGUCACACAGCUCCUCACAACCCCUGCUGAUAUGUUUUCCAUUGCAAUGAAUAAAAGGAUUGACCCUACGGUGAUUCGCAUGGAACCUGGCCAAUCGUUGUUACUUGGUGCCCUGAUACGCAUAGAUUUCGUUGAGGGCCAUGUAGCCAUAGUUCAUUGUUAUAUCAGUUCAGGAGUAACAAUGGAAACGUGUAGGACUGUAGCUGCUUCUGAUAUCAUGAAGUACAAGGCAGGAGUCAAAAUAUACCCUCCUCAUUCGAAGCAGAAUUACGAAAAACUAUUGCCAUGGUCAACAUAUAGAGUUGAACUGAAUUGUAAUGCGGCAUUCCCACUGGAUGAUAUCGUUCUGCCUGGUCUAGGAUGGCUCUCUAUCACCGGUACAGGUCCUAAGAUCAUUGAGAUAAGUGCUCCAAAAGGCCUGGAUAUAUUGAGAAGGCCCGCGAUGAUUAGGCGGCCCAUCAAACAAAUACAGAGCACACAUGUGCUAAAGAAUAGGUUUAAAAAACUGAUGAAAAUGCGAAAUGAGUUGGACAAUAGAAACACACUAUUAAACAAUCAACCAGCAUAAACUACAAUGUAAGAU